AUCACGUGAGACAUACUGUGUAUACGUAUAACAUGUUUAACUGAGGAAGUGAAAAUAGAAAUAUUGCAGGUAUGGCUUUGUCUAAACCAUUAUCUGGUAAUUUGGAAAUGUUUUCUUGUCCAAUUUGCUCUGAAACAUUUAAAUCGCCGAAAAUACUACCAUGCUUACAUACAUUUUGUGAACCAUGCAUACACGAGUUUAUUCUAUCGAUUGGACGCAAAAAAGACAACAAAAUAUCAGAGUUUGCAUGUCCAAUAUGUAGGACAGCGGUGAUAUCAAAAAAUUCAAAUGAGGCCAUUGAAAAAUGGGCAAGCUCAUUACCGGACAAUACCACUAUAACAACAAUGGUCGCACUAUCAAAUGGAGACCAAUCACAAGAAUGUCAUGCUUGUAAACGAUGGAAUGAAAAGUCAGAUGCCAAGUUUUGGUGCAAGGUCUGCGAAGAAGCGUUAUGUGAAAAUUGUAAUCAAAUGCACAGCCGAAUGAAACUGUUAUCUACCCAUGAUGUAGUCGAAAUUGAGGAAUAUGGCUCUAACUUAACCGGAAUAGAUUUAAAUGGUAUCUCCAAUCACUGCCGUUUUCAUCCUUCGAAAGAAACUGAAAUAUUUUGUUUUCGUCAUAGAGAAGCAUGUUGUGUUUUGUGUUUGAAUACAAAACAUAUAAGAUGCACGGGACUAAAAUCAAUUGAAGACGUUUUGAGCGAGGAUGAUAAUUAUGAAGGCCUUCCAGAUAUGAUAGAAAAAGUAAAAGAUGCGACAAUACAACUUUUAAAGGAAAAGGAACAGCAAAAGUCGGACUUUGUCAUAAAUACGGAGACCGUCGAGGAAGAAGCAGCGAAAUUAACAGAAACGACCAAAUGUAAUUUAGACAAUUUAUUUGAACUGUUUAAAAAACAAUUACAUAUAUUUCGCGAUGAACAGAACACUAAUCAUAAUGUUCGCAUACGUUUAUUGGAACAAUUUGCCAAGAGUCUUGAACACUGGAUGAGUGUUACGAAGAUUGUGAAGGAAGAAGGGACCAACAUUCAGUUGUUUGGUCAUGUAGAAACAAUGAGAAGCCAAAUUAAAGCGAGUAUCGUAGAAAUUAAUAAAACAUUUCAUAAUGAUAAACUUUUCACACUUACAUUAAAAAAGAAUGAAAUAGUUGAACAGUUGCAGAAUACAGAGAUAUUAGGUAACUUUGAGCAAAAAGAAGAACCAUUGGUAGAUCAGACUAGUGAUCUCUACAAAUUGUGUAAAGAGCUGGGUGUAUCGACCGCUUAUACAUUUCAAGAACUUUGUGUAAAGAACCUAAAAACAUUCCAUUUUAAAGGGUCAAAUAUGACAUGUGGGGUUUCUUUUGGUGAAAGAUGGGUAAUAGUAGGAGAUAAAGCUGAUGACGGGAGUAAACUACACUUGCUCGAGAAGGAUACCGGGGCCAAAAUCUGUUCAGCUGUAUUUGCAGGAUUGCCGAAACGAUUAUGUUAUGACAAUACAUUUAGUCAAGUUUUCAUUGCUUGUCAUAAAAGUGAUUUGUAUGUUGGCACAAUACAUGGAAAUGAAGUUAAUAAGCCACAGAAAAUAGCCUUUGAUAAGGAAUCAGUUGGAACAUUAUUUUCUCACAACAAAUGUAUUUUCUUGGUAGUGGAGAACGCAAUUAAAAAAUUUGUUACAACAUGUAGUCCUAGAAUUAUAGUUAACCUUUGUUUUUCAACCAAUACUAAAGGUGCAUCAAAUGGUAUGAGUAUACAUAACGGUGAUAUUAUUUUCACAACAAAGGACAAAGAAAUCAAACGAGCGACAUUAGAAGGCAAAGAAAUAUAUUCAUAUAAGAAAAAAAUAAUUAAGAAACCGGAGUGUCUGGCUGUGUUACCAUCUGGACUGGUUCUAUUUAUUGAUACACAUAACAAAGGUUCAUUACAUGUUCUAUCUGCCGAUGGUACUAAACAUAGAACAUUACUUGAACAUUUUGAGAAGAUACAAAAUCCGAGAGAUAUCUGGCUGGAUGUUGAAAAAAAAACUAUUUACAUAGCUGGAGGAGAGUAUAUCGAAGCGUACUCUCUAUUUUAGUUGUGGUUCAAAUUAAGCAAAGUACGUAUCAUUUGUUUGUUUUCCAACUCGAGUAUUUGCAAAAUUAUUCAUUGAUCACUGACUUAGUCAAUCAAAUUAUUGUACAUUUAUUUCAUUUUAGUAUUCAA